AUGCCCCUGUUGAAGAUCCGACAACUUGGAACGCUUACUGAUUUAGUUUCAGGAAAAUCUCCGAAUACUAAUACAGAUGCAAAGGAUUAUGAAUCGCAUCUCCUUUCCGAACUGGAGCAUCUGAAGAUUACCGUCUUAGAACUGAAAGCCAAACUGCAGGACAAGUGCCGAGUGCUGACAGAUGUACAGAAGAAGAGAAAAGAGGAGAGUCUGAGAUACCAAAAGAUAACUAAAGAAAUGACCAAAACAAUUUACCAUUAUUUAAUUGUCCCCCAAAAACAGCUGAAAAUUUUGAGAGAAAAGCUGGAACAAGAGAAAGCCGAGCAGCUGGAGGAGAAAGACGCUGAGAUUGCUUGGAGGAAAGAGAAAGUGGACGCUUUGAAAAAGCAGAUUUGUGAUAUGUUAACAGGAAACUCAUUAGUACGGCAAAAGCAACUGGAUGAAAUGUCGAAGGAACUGGAAAAAGUUAAUCACGAAGCGGACAAAUUACGGAUGAAGAUUCAAACAUCCAAAGUGUUGACCAUCAGUAAAACUAAUGACAUAUCCUGCCCUGAAUGUAAGAACAAAUUAAUGGCCAUGAAGUUGAAAGACAUAGAGAUCGAACAGCUGAAGACACAGCUCAGAUUCAAUGGCAUUCAACAAUAA